AUGAUUUAUAAUUUGACCGCCGAUUGUUUAAAUGAAAUCUUUGAAUUCUUAAAUGAAAAGGACUUGUUUGCUUGCUUAUUAGUAAUGAGACUUUGGUGCGAAAUCGCCGUUAGACUUUUGUGGAGAAGACCACAAAGUUUCGAAUCCUUACUUGCAUGUCUUCCAAAUGAAUCCCGAGCUACGUUAAUUGAGAAUGGGGUCAUUAUUCCAACCUCAAGACCGCCAUUUUUUAAUUAUGUAGCAUUUAUCAGGAAUCUUAGGAUUAGUGAUCUUAGUCGUUCAAUCAACAAAUUUGACGAUAAAAACAAGGAAGUUAUAAAAGAAGAAAUAUUAAAAAUGAUUAUGAAGAACACUUAUUUAAAGAAGUUAUGUAUUGCUACAAACAAAAACCAAACAAAUUUUUUGGAUUAUCAAGGGAGAGAAGUUUGUUUAAGUAACCUUUCGGAAUUUAAGUGUUGCUCAAACAUCAGCUCCGAUAUGUUACACAAGUUAAGUAUAACUUGUAAACAUUUAAAAACUUUAAGGAUAAAAUUGAAAGAAUCAGUAUCAGAUGGACUAGAAGAAUUAAUAACUUCACAAUCAAAUCUAAAAUAUUUGGAUUUGAGAUUUUGUUAUAAAGAAAGUCCAAUUCAAUUAUUUCCUAUCACCUUAACAAAAUUACGCAUGGUUGGAGUACGUAUUCCCAUACCAUUUUCGAUGAUUCCUAAGCUCCCGAAUUUACAAGAACUUACAUUGGCAAUACUUUACGAAAGUUAUUUAGAAGAUUUUAAAGAUUUUCAAUACGUUUCCCUUCCACAAUUGCAAAUUUUAAAAUUUGAAAAUAUUUGUUUAAAAAUCGAAUAUUUAAUGAAAUUUUUGGAAAAUAAUGGAAAGAACUUGGAAGAACUUUGCCUAGGAAAAGAUAUCAAAAUUAUCAAAGAUUCAUUUUAUAUAAAAAUAGCAAAUUGUUGUCCAAAACUGAGGUUGUUACGCACUGUAUUCCCGGAAGGAAAUUUGAAUUCUAUGAAAGUUAUAGUAGAUCAUUGUAAAAACUUAAAAGACAUUUAUAUUUUGUGCAGUAAUCAAUUAGAUCCGAAAGCAACAUUUCAGUGGGGAUUAAAGUCAAGCUUGGUAAAUCGUAUGUCAAGUAUUCCUCUUUCUUUGACUAUCUCUUUUGGUUCAAUAAUGGAUGUACAAUUAUCACAAACUGAUAUCACAAUAAUUAGAGAGUGUAAAGAUUUGGGCGUUAUUAAAAGAUUCGUAUUUAAUAAUCAUAUCAUGUAG